AGAUGAAAGAUCCCUGGGAAACGUUGGAUCCUCAUGAUCCAAGUGGCGGAAUUGAAAAGAUUUUUAAGAAAGGUAUCAUCAAACUAAUUGCUUAUUUCACCAUAUGAUAGCUAGUGCCUAAGUAUAAGGUUUGGUUUCUUGAAUUGUUGGUUCUUCUAGUGCAGUUCAACAAUUGUGACUAUUCUCUGUUGGUGUUAGUAAGCAAUCCCCGAGAAGAUAACAUUCCAAGGUUUCCACACUCCAUUCUAGUAAAGAGCGUUUCCAACUUGGGGCAAGAGAGUAAUCCGCUUGUAAAACAAAACUUACAACUGCGCAGGCAAACUCGUGAGUCAUUAGCAGUCAUUAACAAUGGUUAUUGUUAAAGGCGUAACUUAGAUGCGUGGCACAUAAAUGUCAACAGAGGCGGACACGAGGAGCAAAUGACCCCGCCCCCUCCCCAUCAAUAAUUUGUAAGGGACGGACCAUUAGAAAAGUGAGGGGGGGGGGACAGAAAAAAAAUCCAUGCAAACAAAAAAUGUUUGAAAAAAAAUACAUGCAAACAAACUUGUUUAAAAAACAAUUACAAACAGAACAACAAUAGAACUUUCAUUUUAAAUGUACAUCAGACAAAAUUGAACUAAAUCUUUGGAAUAUUACGAAACAUAAAUAUAUAAAUAUAUAAUAUAUUAAUAUGCAAUUUCUUUCAAUAUUAACAGUAACUCUUAUAUAAUUUUAUUAUAUACUAUCAAAAUAUUUUCUAUUGUCUUUAAUAAUCCUCAUUCACACUGUCACUGUCCUCGAUCAGUGGCGUAACUACUAUGGGCUCGGACCGGGAGAACCCGGGGGCCCCAACCCCAAUGGGCCAAAUGGGGGCCCCAGGCUCAGGCUGUAGAGCAAAAACAUUGGCCAGGGCCUCUGAUAUGUUACAAUGUCGUUUUCUGACCAUCAGAAUUCUGUAAAAUCUCUCCCCAAACUCCGGGAAAUGGUAUUUCAGAGAAUCUAGAUUCAAAAAUUUUCCGGGUGAGCAUGCUCUGGACCCCCUAGAAAACUUUUGCAUAUAUGGCGCUUGACUUGUGCCUUUGGCACUUCUACUAGGGGGCCUUCGAAAGUUUUUAACCGGGGGCCCCUGAAAUCGCAGUGCCACUAUCUUCUUGAUCUACAACCAAACUACCACUUUUCCCUUCAUCUACAAUCAAACUGACACUAUCUCCUUCAUCUACAAUCAAACUACCACUAUCCCCUUCAUCUAUCAAACUGACACUAUCUUCCUAUCUAUAAAUAUAAUCUCAAUGGCAAUAUCUUCUUCUACAUUUUCUUUUCCUCUACUUAAUCUUGCUCUUUUCUUUUAUCAUGUUUGUUUCUUCUUCCUUUUGCUCAUUUGUUCUACCAUACUUAUAUCAUUAAAUGAUAUCUGGUUUAGCCUAAAAUAUCCUUAAAGAUAUUAUUUUGCAGUGUGCAUUAAAGAGAUAUUUUUUGUCAAGAGAACAGUUUCGUUAACAUUUGUAUAGUUGUAUUGGAAAAAAAAUUGCAUGCGAGAAAACAUAUUUAAAAAAAACAUGCAUACACAGCUGACAACCUGCAAAAAAAUGCAAACAUAAAAAAUUUAUUUCCAUCAUCACUUUUGUAAUGGUCCGUCCCUAAAAGCUUAUAAACGAUUGCCAUUAAUUAAUUGUAAAAACAAAGCUACAACCUUACAAUAAUUUUACAAUCGCGAAAAUCUUCAUAGGCUGCUAUCAAGAUUUUUGGCAUCGUGUUCGAGAAGGGAUAUUUGUAGAUGGAAUUUUCGAUCAAAAAUUUGUAUAAAAUUUUAUAUAUUUGUAAACGAUUUGAUAUUUACCCAUAUACUUAACACUGGCAUCGCUAUACAAGCCAUGUUGCCGCAACAUAAGCCAGGGAUGACCUCAUAGUGAACAAGGUUAGGUGGACAUACUGAACUGUUAUGAAAUUUACGAACACAUUAGACUGGAGUGUCCAAAUAAAGUACUUGUUAUUCUUUUUCUAAGGGCGACCUUUCAAGAUACCUCCUUCUGCCAGAGACGAUAAAGUAUCCGUGAAGAAAAGAAAGCGAAAGUCUCAAGAAGAUUCAUUAGUGAAUGAUAAAUUAAUUCCUAUUGCUGAGUUUUGUCGACUAGCAUGUAAGUACAGUAGGGUGAACUGUAACGGAUAAUUUCCGACGAUCUACGAAGACAACUCUUUCUCAGCUGCGUCCUCGCCCAUAGACGCAAAGUGGAUGCAUGGCGCCCGCACAGUGGACGCACCCGCAAGCGCUCGCAGACGGCACAGUGGCCAGGACAGACGCACCCGUGGACGCACAGUGGACGCAAGAUACCCGCGUCUUGGACGCGGUUUUUGAUAAGUUAUUUCUUGGCAGUACUGUAGGAUUAAUUAAUUAAGUAUUAAUCGUGUUCAUUUGGCAUGAACUUUGAAAUAAUCCCAAGUUAAGAAACAACAAAUUACAAAUUAAGGAAAUGUUGACGUUUUUAUCUGACAGUGCAUUGGUCUCACCUCACUAAUUUACGACCGUACACAUGCAGGCCACACUGAAUUCUUUCAUGAGUCAAUAGAAAGAAAUUACAGUAUUUAUUAAGGGGAAUUAGGGAAGAUUUGUGAGAUUUUUAAUAAAUGAUUUAAAGUUUUUAGUUCUACUCUUAGACUCAAUGUUCUUGACGUACUUUUAGACUUAUAGUUCUACUCCAAAUAAGGAUCAGCCAUUGACGUUAACUUUUGCAAUUACCAUGCAUUGAUUUAGAUCAUUCCCAAGCAAAGAAACUACCAAAAAACCCGCUAAAGACUCUCGUUUAUCAUGGUAAUGUUUUACUAAUUUUUUCUAUCGACGACUACACCUUAGGAAAUGCCAAACAAACGACAAUUGUCCUUAAAUUUACAGUAUAAGCAUGUUUCUACAAGUUUAUUCUUGGGUUUCAUAUGACAUCACAAAAGUGACGGGGGGUCAACUCUAGAACAAAACACAGUUAUCAGAGUGAGUCGAUUGUUCGUUUUAUGUAUUAACCUUGUGUUUGGUGGCAAAUACAUGGAAUUUCGUAUCAUUUUCUCACUCCAGUACAGCAUAAGCACCAAUAUAUUUGAGGUUGACCCCCCCCCCGUCAGAUUCACUGCAUAAUGCCGUAGUGAAACCCAAGAAUAUGUAUUUUAAUGCACUACAAAAGUGUGAAAAUAAGUUUAUCAAAGUUAACCAACUAUACAGAAUAUUGGAUCAUAUGAUUGUCAAAACGAGAGAAAUUUGUUGUUUAUUUCGAAUUUGUUGUAUCGUUGUUACUCAAGCCUUUGUAUAAAAGGCAAGACCAUCCAAGGAAUGUUUUUGGAGGCAUCAAGGCCACUAUACAAAAGAGUGACUUCUAUGUUAACAGUAAUUUAAUUCAUUUAAUUCUUCAAAUUCACCAGAAUUCGAGUAUAUCUACUGGAAAGAAUUCAGACGUCGACAGAUAUUAGAAAAGAAACACCGAAAAGCUUUGGUAAGCUUCCUACUGUGUGUAAAUACUGCACAGUUUAAAACAGUUCACUCUCCAGUACAAU